AUGGCAGGUCCGGGGGCUGUUUUCCGCAGUCUGGGUGCCUUGUCCGCAAGUGGGGCCUUAGGAUUGGCCUGCUAUGGGGUGCACAGAGCCCAGUUUCCGGAUGCCUAUGGGAAGAACCUCUUUGACAAGACCAACAAACACCACUUCUUACACAGCCUGGCCCUGUUAGGGGUGCCCCUGUGCAGAAAACCCCUCUGGGCCAGGUUACUGCUAGCUUCUGGUACUACGUUAUUCUGCACCAGCUUUUACUACCAGUCUCUUUGUGGAGACCCCAGCAUCCGGACUUUGGCCCCUGUAAGAAGGAGCCUGCCAAUUUGGGGCUGGCUUGCCUUGGCUCUUUGAGUUUCCUUGUGUUGAAUUUCUGGGUGCUUUUUCAAGAAAUGGAACAGGGAGGGCAUUAAAAGAGAAAGGCAAA